UAGCAUAACAUUGAAAACAAACAUGGCGAUCCCUGUUGAAGUACCACUGAUCACUUGGGGAUCAUUUGGAGUCUCUUUUGUGGUGGCACUGCUGUUUGCCGUGUACUACAUCUGCCAUUUUCAGGGUAAAAGACACAGGGAACGAAGUACAACUGUCACAGCUGUUUUGGCACUGACAGUGGCCAUUUUGACUGUUGCCCUUGUGCCCAUAGACAUCUUCUCCGUCUCAUUCUUGAAGAACGAUGAUGGGACUUACAAGGAGUGGGCGGAAUCCAAUGCCACAAGGGAGUACAUCACUGACACCUUGCUGUACUCUUACUACGUGUUGUACGGAUGCAUUGCGUUUUUCGUCUUUCUGGCCAUUCCAUUCAUGAUUUUCUACUACGAGGAGCAAGAUGAAGAAACAACCACUAAAGAGAGAAUUUGUGGAGCUAUCAAGUACACUGCCUGCUUCGUGAUAUCUGCUGCUGUUCUGCUCGUCAUUGGAGCCUUUGUUCCACUACAAGAGAUACCCAACCGAAACGCCACAAACUGGGAGGAUUUUGAGUACCUUCUGACGGAGUUUGGCAAAAGUAAGGGAGAGACUGCUCUGUAUUUUCUCAUCGGCUUUGUCACACUGAUAGGAAUGCUGGGACUCAUCUUCUACACGGCCUACGGCGUCACUGCCCUGCCCGUUGACCUCAUCAAAGGUCGUCGGAGUGCCGAAGAGGAGUUGGAGGAUGUACAAGAGACCGCUUCUGCAAACCGAGACCGGGUCCGGACACUCCGACGGAAGCGUCGCCGAGGCAGAAACCUUUCAGCCACUGAGCGCCGUCAUCUGGACGAUCUGAAAGACGAGGAGGAACUGAUCCAGCGGAAAGAGCGCCACCUGGUGGCCAUCCAGCAGAAACUCUGCUACAGGUGCACUUGGGUAUGGCGCCCUCUGCAGGUCAUCAUCGGGAUUGUUCUCAUACUGGUGGCCAUACUGGUGUUCGGCUCUCUACUUAUCAGCAGCUUGGAUCGUCUUUUGCACUCGCUAGGCUACAAGACAGGCUACAUUCUGACAAAGAGCACUUUGCCUAAUCCCGUAGACAUGCUCUUGGUGGUCAUGCAACAGGUAUUUCCUUUGGACUACAUCGUGUUUGUCGGCCUAGUCCUCUUCUUCAUCUACUCAUCGAUGGCCGGUAUCCGCAGGAUCGGAAUUUGGUUUUUCUGCGUCAAGAUGUACAAGAUUCGGCCUCACCAUACCAAGCCACAAGCUCUCCUCUUCCUCUGCAUGUAUCUGAUGUUUCUCCUCUUGGCCGUCAACGUCAUGCUCUAUAACUUGGCACCAGACUACAUGACCUACGGACACCAGAAAUUCCUCCCGGACAAUUCUAGUGAACCGGAACAGUGCACGACGUCCGAGUCAAGCUCAGAUUGCACCAUGACAGUCACCAUGGGGUUGAUGACCAAGUUUGUUUUCCAGCUCUGGUUUUUUGGAGCCUGUUACUACUGGGCCAACUGGGUCUUUCUUGGGUUCAUCCUCAUUGGCUUGAUCAUCUCGUUGCUACGGCGGCGGCGCUCAUCCAUCGAGGACCAAGUGGACUCCUCAGACAGCGAGGACAGCGACGAAGAAAUGCUCACUCCAUGAAGCAGAAAGAUCUAUAAACAGAAGAACCGUUACCUCGCCAUACCAUUUUUUGUUCACAUGUUAAAUCUUUACAAGCAUGAGGGUUCCCAAAACCAGUGCAAUUUCAAGCUAUUCCAAAAAAUCAGUAAUCGAAUGUAUAUUGGUAUCCAUAAUAUUGGAGCACAUAUGUACCUCUUUUCUCAGAACAGGUGAAUAACAAAGCAGAGUGUCGAUAUCUACAUAGCAUGUGGUAUUCUGGGUGCUGUAUCUGAAGGAGUUAGACAGAACUCAAUGUGUACAACUGUACAUAAUUGUGAGCCCUUUGUUUAUUGCUCCACUGCCCUUUGUCUCAGAAAAACACUUAAGACCACUUUUUGGUAACACUGUAGUGUAUAUAUACUGUUUUUUGUGCAAAGAAUGCUAAAUCCUCUGAUUUCAAGUCUUACUUUGACAUCUUGCUGCUCGGCAGCCGGCUGGCAACCAGGUAUCACAUGAUCAAUAAACCUGCCAAGUUUUUAAGCAGAUGUCCAGGGGUGUGAAUGAUUAGUCCGUUGAAUUCGAUUCAACAGAAGUUACUUCAAGGCGAUAGAUUCUGUAGGCCAUAUUAAUGCUUUGAUAACAUCUCUGCCCCACAUUUAUUUUAAGUAUUGUCACAGGCUCACUGACGAGCUUUUGAAGACAUUAAAAUGUGUGUUCUUAGUCAUGCACGGUAUUCCUGUCAGGAUAGUGUUCAGGGUUGGCAGAUAACAUUUCUCGAGGAGGAACUUGUGUUCUGUGCCAUCAAGAAUAUAGUUGUGUAAUAAACCGGUUACAAAACAACGUGAUGUUA